UGGGACUGAACCCACCAUCACACUCGAGGAGGAGAGCGGGAAAAAUGAAAAAAAAAAAAGCAACAAAAGCUCUCUCUCUCUCUCUCUCUCUCUCUCUUUCCCUCCCUCUUCCGCAUCUGAUAUCGAUUGAUGGUUGAACUCUCAUGUGAGUGAUCUUCCCUUCUUCUGCACAACGAGUUAGACUCCGGAAUCUCCCUGCUUCUCUCUCCACCUUUCUCUGUCUAGCUAGCUAGCUAGCUAGCUAUAGCUACCUAAGCUAUCGCCCUACCUACUUUCUCUUUCAUCCCAUUUCCGACGGUUGAAAGCCCGGCAUCCGCUCCACUUCGACUCCAUGGUCUUCACCAUGAGCAACUUACUAACUUACUAGUUACUACUCUCUCUCUCUCUCUCUCUCUCUCUCUCUCUCUCUCUCUCUCUCUCUCGUUUUUCUUCAAAUUUUCACCUGCUACGCAGAGAAGCUAAUAAGUAUGGCGGUGUCGUUCGAAGGGUUCUCGAUAAGGGAGUAUGCGUCGAUGAUGAGGAGGGUCGACGUGGAGAAAAGCUGGCCGUUCAGCGGCGGAGAUUCUCAUCAUGAUCACGAUCUAAACCCCGAACUCAUGGAGCCUUUCCUUCCUCCGAUCACCGUCCCUAAGUUCCGGUGGUGGGCCUACGAGCUUGAGCUCGUGAAAUCGAACCAAGUUGCCGUUGAGAACCCCAAAAUUCAAGCUGGAAACGAAGAGCGACCACAAGUAGAACUGGCAGAGAACAAAACCAGCUUCGACUCCAAACCGCUCGAACCCGAUUCGGUCUCGCCGGAGGGUGGUUUGGGUCCAGACGGUGAGAAAUUGGAGAUGGUUUGCCCAGUGUGCCGGGUUUUUGUGGCGGCGACGGUGAACGCGGUAAACGCUCACAUGGAUAGCUGCCUCGUUCACGCGUCAAGGGUGGAGCGGCGGCAGAUGAAGACGGCGGCGAGGGCCAAGCCGAGGGCGCCUAAGAAAAGAUCCAUUGUUGAGAUUUUUGCCGUCGCGCCGCAGAUCGAGAUGGCGGGGAAUGAUGAUGAGCCUGAGGAUGAGGAUGAUGCUGAUGAUGAUGGAAGUUGCGCUGGUUUAGAAGAUCACGGGUUUGAUUACUCUUCAAAGGUUGGGAGUGUGACGAAUGUUGCAUCAAACAGUAAGGAAACUUUCGAGAAGAGAAGAAGCAGAUUGAAAGCUGAUAGUACGGCUGCGAUUAUUUGCAAGAUCAAGAGGGAUAAGUUGCAGAAGCUCGAGAACAAGAGUAAGAAUGGUGAAAGAGAGGGGUCUACUCGUGACAGAAAGGAGAAUAACAUGAUUAUGCAGCAAAAUUCACGCCAUUUUGCCAGAAAAUUGAGUGGCUCAAUAUGUAAUAAGAAGUUGGCGGACAUCUUGGAUGCUGUUUCUCUCCCUAAAACGAAACCAAGUGUGAAUGCGCAAAAGAAGCACCUGAGCCGAACUUCUAAAUUGAGUGCAAAGCACCAGAAACCAGUAUUUCCUGUCCGUGGCAUUCUCAAGAAUCACAUAAAAGUUAGUUCUGGGCAGAAACCGUCCUCUAUAUGCAAGAGACAGUGUCCUAAUCGAACAAAUCUUUGUGGUGCCCAGCAAGGUGAAAGGCAUGUCAGGUUUUCAGGUAAGGAUGACAUACUUGGACCAAGGGUGAAACAAUUUUCUUCCAUUGACUGUCCUAAAGGUGUUUACAAUAUAUUUUCUGAUGCCAUUUCUACUUCAUCCAUUAAGGACACAAAAACAGUGAGUAAUAAUGAGUUGUCUGGAAUAGAGGUGAAUGGAAGUGAUGAAGAUAUAUCUGCUACCACAGAAAAUGAAACUGAGAUUCGAUCAAUAGUUGAAGAGAAACAGUUGCCUGUCAAUGAUCAUGUUGAUACGGCACAUUUUCUGAAGCCCCAUAUUAGUCUUCAAGAAAAAGUGGAUCACUAUCCAAAUGAAUCUAUAUCCCCAAGUCAGGUGAUACCACUUGGUGACAAUUUGCAUAUAUUUGGCAAUGAAACUGCAACACAUAACUGUUCCUAUACUAAAUGCAACCCAACUGGAUCACACAACCCCUCAUACACUGGCAUUCCUAGAGUCCCUUCUUUUCCAAAAGUGGGGUAUAAUCCUGAUGCAGUUACUCGAAUAGCUGGCAAUGUUUGCAGAACUUCUAAUGGCAGUGGAACGUUCAUAAAGUGUUUUGGAGAUUCAACCUCUAAUGUUGCUCCAGUGAGUUCAAUGACAAAUAUGAAGGCACUUCCACAGCUUUCAUCAUCAUGUUUUGCCACAAGUCCAAAUGCAAAUGAGAGUCUUCCUCUUCUAUCACAACUCAAUGCAGAAACAUAUAAUGUCCAUGCUUUGCAGCAGCAACCAUUUUGUUAUCCAUAUCGAAAGGAAUUAACGGGUAGCUUAUGUUCCUUUCCAGAGUGGAACCAAAGAGCAGUUAUGUUCGGAGAAAGGUGCAUGGGUGGGGAUUUUUUUGGUUUACCUAUUAAUUCACAAGGUGAACUAAUCCAGUUGAACUCAAGUGGAAAAGAUGGGUUUAAUGAGCUGAAGAAGCCCGGCACUCUAACAGUUUCUUCAAGUAGCUUGCCAUUGUUAAAUCAUGGCUUACUAAAAGAUGCUGGAGAUUGUUCUAAUGUGACAGAGAAGCAUUGUGCUGAGAGAGCAUUUCCAAAAGAUCAGUUUGGAUUCCUUCCUUUGCAGUACUAUAUGAAAGAGAACCCCAAUUUAAAUGUUCCAUCUAGGUUACGUAUUUCUGAUUUGCAAAGUACAGGAGGAAAAAAUUCUCAUUGGCUACAUUCCUGUAGUAGAAACCACAAGUCUUCUUACCCCUUGGAUCCAGAACAAGAUAUGUCGAACAUCUCUUGCUCUGAGUGCAGACAAUAUGACCAAGUUCAAAACAAAAGAGAAAAUGCAAUGAUUCAUCUGCAGGAGCAUUCAAACCAGAUUUUUGAGCUUGCCACCCAACCAACAAUGCGGCUUAUGGGUAAAGAUGUUACAAUUGGUGGAGGUAACAAAGGCUUGCAUGGAUUUGAGGAUGGAAAAGUUUGGACUGAUAAGGAAAUCAUAACAGAGCAUAAUCCUAACAGUAUUGUACUCGACAACUCCUCAGUGAAGAUACAUUUUCAGCAGGACAGGGUUUUGCAUCCAGCAUUGGGAAAACCAAAUGAGAAUGUAGCUUACUUGUCAGAUAUUCAAAGCAAUCAGGCCUCCAAGAGCAUUCUACAGAUGAAAGCUCCAGAGUCUAGGCUCUCUCAACCAUAUGUCAAAUGGCAAACUAGUGGAGUGUCCACAAAUGAUCAUUGCACUUUUAGCGGAAAUAUCAAUUCCAGUUCACACCCUUUUGCGCAUCCACCUGCUCCCCAUGCACUGUUCAAUAGGCCACCUAAUAUCCAACAAACCCUUAUUUCUACUCCUGAAUCUUUUAAAGUUGGAUCUUGUGUACCUGUUUCAGUAUCUAAUCCUUUCAAUAUCUGUCAGCAUGUGCAAUUGAAUUCUGCUGAAUUCUGCAGGAAGAGUUUACCAGCUGCAAAUACAAAGUCUGCCUUCGAGUUUCCUUUCUCUCAUCCAGAAUGUAGGGAACAUAUCCUACCAUCCUCGUUUCAAAGCUCCUUCAAGAACCUCCCACCAUGGUUGUUACAUGCUACACAGCAGAAAGAAACAGCAAUGACUUCUCACCCAUAUUUUCACGAGGCAGGCAAAUUUCAUUCCUAUAGUGUUCCCAGAACUAACUUAGUCAACAUUCCUACAGUUCAUCAUUCAUCAGCAGUCUCUUAUCCUUAUAAUUCCAUGACUUCUCAUACUUCCUUGCAAAGUUCACUUGGUCCUGCAUCCUUGGCUCACCCUCCCUUGAUUCCAGCCCGUCCUGGAUCUACACCAACUGCUGCAAUCAGUAUGAGCCAUAAGAAUAGAACUAAGGCUAAAGACAAAAUGAAGUCAAUACCUUUCUAUGUUUAUCCUGAUUGUAGCAAGAAAAACAAAAAGAGGCGUGCAGCUAAAGUGGAUGAUUCAACAAAGCCUAUUAAGAUUCCUGACUUAAAAAUGAGAGAACUUUCUUGUGCCGUUACAGUGUUACAGGCUGCAGGAAACAUUAGUGAUGAGGUGCAAUGUAAUACUGGAGCAUUUGAAUUUGAUUUGAACAGAGAUAAAGCUGGCAAUGUAGAAUGCAUUCCAAACAAGACUCAACAGGAAGCGCUCAGAAGUUCAUUUGGAAUUGAUUCUUUCAAACUGGAUGGUGUGACUAGACCAGGUCCCAUCAAAUUAAGUGCAGGAGCAAAGCACAUCCUGAAACCCAGUCAAAAUAUGGAUAACUCCAGACCAACCCAUUCAACCAUCCCUUUUGCUGCAAUGACUGAUUCAACCGGUGUUCCAGAAUCUCAGAAGAAAUCAGCAAAGAUAUACAAGUUUUAGGAGUAUGUCCAACUAUUCUGAGUCAUUGAUCUUGUGUUUAGCCACUGCUGGAUCAUUUGCAUUACACUUUGUGAACAGGAAUGCUUCCUAGUCCUAGAUACAAGACCCUUUGUCUUGCUAUACUUAAAACUGCUGAGUUCAAAUUUUAUCAAUUCCAGGCCCUUUUGAGAUUCUGGUACCAUCUGAAACCUGUGGAACUCCGUGAUCACAGCCUACAUUCAAACCAUCAAUAGCAGGUUGGAAUAUGCUUUCUGUUCUGUUUAUUUAAACAGAUAUUCUCUUCUAAUAUGAUGUCCUAGAAGUAUCUUCUGUGCAUGCCUCUUUACUUCUCAUUCGUAGCAUCAAGUUGUUUGCAACUACAUUUUCCAUUUUUUUACUGGUAGCAUUAUGUUGUUUGUGACUACAAUUUCUUUGUGCUGAAUUUUUUGGUCAGAUGAUUAUAUUGCUUUUGUUUCCGUGCACCUUAAGAAACAAGUAUAUUCUUAUUUCUUAACAAGAUAUAGUUACUUUUGUUACGCAACAUUUUUAAA